GCCAUCAGUAUGAUAUUGACCCCGAAAUAAAAGGGUUGUUUGAAAAAUGAAUCUCAACAAAAGUACAAGUGAACACAAAGAAAAACCAUGUAACAUCAUCGCCGUAGACGUAGGAACUACCCUUUUAACAUGUCAUCUGUUUGAUAAAUCCGGCAUUUCUAAGUACAAUACUACAAGAAAGAUAGAAUUGCUGCAUCCAAAGCCCGGAUGGGUUGAGAUGGAACCUUAUCACCUAUGGGAACAGUUUCAGGAUAUCAUAUGGGAAACUAUGGAAGCUGAACAGAUUUCUCCAGAAGAUGUGACAGCACUUGGAAUAUCAACGCAGCGAGGGACAUUUGUAACAUGGGAUAGGAAAACUGGGAAACCACAGCAUAAUUUCAUAACAUGGCAAGAUCUUCGAGCAAGUGAUCAUGUAGAAAACUGGAACAAAUCACUUGCAAUCAAAAGCUUACAUGCUGGUUCCAAGUUUAUGCACAUGAUAUCAAGACGUAAACAGUUCUUGGCUGGGAGUGUCCUGAACUUUUCUACUCAGCAGGUAAUUAUGAGGCUCCAUUAUUUCCUCAAAAACAAUCCUGAGUUGCAAAGAAAGGCAGAAAAUGGGUCGUUAUUCUUUGGUACAAUAGAUACUUGGCUCCUCUGGAAGUUAACAAGAAAUAAAUACCAUAUUACAGACUACUCAAAUGCUAGUUCCACUGGGAUGUUUGACCCCUUCGUGAUGGAAUGGAGUUCUAUAAUCACAACUGUAUUAAAUAUUCCAGCAUCAAUACUACCUAAAAUUGUUGAUACUAGUGGUACAAUAUGUGAUACUGCUAAAGACAUCUUUGGAGCUCCAAUUCCUGUUAGAGCAGUCGUUGCUGAUCAACAGUCAGCUAUGUUUGGUCAGUGCUGUUUUGAUGUUGGUGAUGUCAAGUGUACCAUGGGCACAGGAACAUUUAUUUGUGUCAACACAGGAAAAUAUCCUCAUGCAUCAGUAGCAGGUUUGUACCCAUUAGUAGCGUGGAAAAUUGGAUCAGAGUUAGUCUACAUGGCGGAAGGGAAUGCUUCAGGAACUGCUACUGCUAUUGAAUGGUCCAAAUCAAUGGGUUUUUUUGAUGAUGCUAGUCAAACUAGUGAUAUGGCAUUUUCUGUAGAAAGUUCUGAUGAUGUCUAUUUUGUCCCAGCUUUUCAUGGCUUACAGGCUCCAAUCAAUGACAACAAGGCCUGUGUGUCCCUGAUGGGAAUAAAAGCUUCCACAACAAAGAGUCAUAUUGUAAGAGCAAUUCUAGAGUCCAUAGCAUUUAGGUUUAUGGAACUGUACGAAACUGUCCUAGAAGAAACUCAAGUUCCUGUCAUGUCAUCAAUAAAGGCAGAUGGUGGCGUUUGUAAUAAUGAUUUUGUGAUGGAACUGACUAGUAGCCUAACUGGACAAAGUUUGGAUAAACCUUCUCAGACUGAAAUGUCUGCCCUUGGUGCGGCAUUCCUUGCCGGGAUGGCAUCAGGUGUUUGGAAAUCACGCGACGAACUUAAAGCAAUUCGAUGUACGCAUGCGCUAUAUCAGCCCAAGGCAUCCAUUCGAGAAAAAUACAAGAAAACGAUAAAAGAAUGGAAAGAAGCCGUACGAAGAAGUAGAAACUGGUAUCCAUAAUUAUAAUUGAAUUAUUUAUUUAACAUUAAAAGGGAACACCCGUACUCUUACCUCUUGGGGGAUUUUUUAAAAUUUUCUUUUACAUUCUUUUCGAAACUGGGUUUUUUAAAAAUCGGUUUGACCAAGUAUUUAUAUUGAUAUAAUCAUUUUGUAUUGUAAAUAUUAUAUCACAGGAAAUGAAUAAAGUUCUAAAUAUUUGCGUCAA